UUCUCUUCCCUACUCUGCGUUUCAUUUCCUCUCCCCCAGGUCGCGUCCUCCUCUUCUUCCCCCUCGCACUCUCCUCGGUGACCCGCAAGAUCUCCAUUACCUCUCAAUCAUGGGCAAGGGUCCAGGCCUCUACACCGACAUUGGCAAGAAAGCCAGAGAUCUUCUCUACAAGGACUACCAGAGCGACCAGAAGUUCACCAUCACUACCUACUCGCCUACCGGAGUUGCUAUAACCUCAUCAGGGACGAAGAAGGGUCAGUUGUUUCUCGCUGAUGUCAAUACUCAGCUCAAGAACAGGAAUAUCACAACUGAUGUCAAGGUUGACACAAACUCCAAUCUCUCUACAACAAUUACUCUUGAUGAGCCAGCUCCUGGUUUGAAGACAAUCUUCAGCUUCAGACUUCCUGAUCAAAGAUCGGGCAAGGUUGAGGUCCAGUACUUGCAUGAGUAUGCAGGAAUAAGCUCGAGCAUUGGAUUGACUGCAAACCCUGUUGUUAACUUCUCUGGGGUUAUUGGCUCAAAUGCUUUGGCACUUGGCACUGAUGUUUGCUUUGACACCAAAACUGGAAAUUUCACCAAGUGCAAUGCUGGGUUGAGUUUCUCCAAUGCAGACCUGAUUGCAUCAUUGACCCUGAAUGACAAGGGAGACUCUCUGAAUGCUUCAUACUACCACAUAGUGAAUGCCGUAACCAACACUGCUGUCGGUGCUGAGGUGACCCACAGUUUCUCAACCAAUGAGAACACCAUCACUGUGGGAACUCAGCAUGCACUGGAUCCUCUGACCACAUUGAAGGGCCGUGUGAACAAUUCAGGCAAGGCUAGCGUCCUGAUCCAGCAUGAGUGGCGGCCCAAGUCGUUCUUCACCAUCUCUGGGGAGGUUGACACCAAGUCCAUUGAGAAGACUGCCAAAGUUGGGUUGGCUUUGGCUCUUAAGCCAUGAGCAAGAAGGCGAGGAGAGUCUGGUGCAUCUCAUUCUUGUGAGAGCAUUCUAUGACUGGCUUUAAGGAAGUGUCUAAAAGUCUGUUUAGACGGAAGUUUUCUCUUCUUCUUUCAAUUGGUCCCAGUUUUUUUUUUUUCUUUUGUUUUCAUUUUCCCAACUUAAGAGAUUGGAAGGAGGCAUUGCUUUCUUCUGAUUUAGGUCUCGACGUGAGUUGUAAAAAUAAGUUUCUGCGGAAUACUCCCUUUUACCCCUUGGGUUACUCUUUUUGAUUGAGGAGAACUUCUCAUUUCAAAAUGUCAGAAUAUGCGAUAAUGAGCCGUCGCAGAUGUCACGUCUGAGCAGCUUAUCUUGAA